AUGGUAGCAAUUGAGAAGUUGUUCUCGUUCCAGAUCUUCUUCAUAUUUCUGCGAGAAUCGCUGGAGAUCAUCGUGAUUGUAUCCAUUUUGCUGACGGUGGUCAAACAAGCCUUACUAUCUAAUGAGGACUCUAUCGGCAGUGCUCAUUCUGGCGGCAGUGCAGACGGAGUCGACGAAAACACGAGAUUAACUAUAGAAGAGGAGGAAAUGCUGGAUGCUUGCAAUUCUGACAAUACGAGCCCUAGCAUGGAAAUCAACAAUCAGCAAUUAUACCAGAGACUGAAGAUCCAGAUUUUGUCAGGCGGGGGUUUGGGUCUUCUCUGCUGCUUUUUGGUUGGUGGAGCUUUCAUUGUAGCGUUUUAUAUCAUUGGAACAGAUCUGUGGUCUGUGAGCGAACACUACUACGAGGGAGUUUUGAGCACUGUCGCAUCAGUAAUCAUUUCGGUGAUGGGCCUGUUUUUUCUACGAAUGGGCAAAUUAAGAGAAAAGUUUAGAGUCAAACUUGCCACAAUCAUCUAUUCUGAUCGCGCUAAAAUCUUGCAAGACAAUGGUCAAAAAGCGGUCAAAUUCACCGAAAAAUAUGCCUUGUUCAUUUUGCCAUUUGUUACUGCGCUCAGAGAGGGGUUGGAAGCUGUUGUUUUCGUUGGAGGAGUCGGCAUUGACCAGCCAUUAUCGUCCAUCCCAUUAUCUAUGGUAUCGGCAGUGUUUUUUAGCUCCAUUUUCGGUUACUUUUUUUUCAGGUCCUCUAAAUCGUUUUCGUUGCAAAUCAGCUUGGUUGUCACAACGUGUUUCCUCUAUUUAAUCGCUGCGGGACUAUUCUCCAAGGGAGUUUGGCAAUUCGAAGUUCAACGGUACGUCAAUCUGUGUAACGGACAGGACAUGAGCGAAGUCGGCAGUGGGCCGGGCUCCUACGAUAUUAGCCGCUCCAUCUGGCAUGUCAACUGCUGUAACGGGGAGACUGAUGGUUUGUGGAUGCUUCUCACGGCGAUUUUUGGCUGGACCAACAGCGCAACUUUCAGUUCGGUGAUAGCCUACAACGUAUACUGGCUUGUCAUCAUCGGUGCGAUCAAGACACUACUCAUCGAGGAAAAGAUGGGUUAUAUUCCAUUCAUGCCUCUGAAGGUACAACGACGUCGUAUCGAAAAAAGGCUGGAGGCAUCGAAAAAAGCAAUGGAACUUCAGCAUCUUUCACAAGCCACCUCCCCAUCACCCUUCACUUCACUCUCUCCCCAGGGAAGGACAUCAAAAGACAGCCAAACGAGCUCCACACCACUUAUCCAGGACCCCAUCAGUAACGUUAUAGGCAAAGUGUCUUCUUCUUAG